AUGGAUCCAGAGGAGCAGGUCGAGGCUCGGCGCGACAGGCAUGCCGGGACCAUCGAGGUACAGAGCGGCGCACAUGGCGAUGAUGGCCGGGAAGUUCCGACCGAAUCCUUCUUUUCUUGCGCGUUGCAGUAUCUGAUUCUCCAAACUCUUCACUCUCCGCAGCGAGAGGACGCCUCAGAGCGGGAUCCACAGCGGGGACCGGUCCGGCAGCGCAGCGCCAAUCAUUUGGCCCAUGUGCUGAUAACCCGGCGUUACCACUGGCUGCUGACCAUUCAGACGAGCCCGAUCCAUCCAGGGAACUAUAAAGAGGCCUUAAACUGGCUAAACAACUAA